AUGGAUCCAAACAACUCUUUUUUGAAGAAUUUCAGACUUUAUGAAACUAAAUCGAAAUUUUAUAUUGUUGGUAGAAACAAAAGUCGUACAGUAUGGAGAAUAUUGAAGAUUGACCGAUUAGAACCUACCGAGCUGAUCAUUGUUGAAGAUUCAACAACGUAUUCAGCAGCUCAAUGUUUCAAUCUGUUGAGGCGGUUACAUGUAGGGAAUGCAUCUACCGGUGGUCUUAAAUUGGUCGCUAAGUGUUAUGGAAUUAUUGGAUUCAUUAAAUUCUUGGGGCCAUAUUACAUGUUGCUUAUCACGAAAAGAAAGCAGAUUGGUAAAAUUUGUGGGCAUGUGAUAUAUGGUAUCACCAAGAGCGAGAUGAUAGCUAUACCACAUCCUAGUGUGCAGCGAACUGAUAUAAUGUUUUCUAAAAACGAAAACAGAUACAAGAAGCUUCUAUGCUCAAUAGACCUUACAAAGGACUUCUUUUUCAGCUUCUCAUAUAACGUUAUGCGUAGCCUUCAGAGGAACUUGUGUGACGCUGAGAUAGGGCAAGAUCUCCACGGAAAGAUGUUUGUUUGGAACGAGUUCUUGACACGCGGAAUCAGGCGUAAUCUGAAUAACACGGUCUGGACCGUGGCAUUGGUAUAUGGCUUCUUCAAACAGGAAAAACUUUCGGUUUCUGGGAGGGACUUUUACUUGACGCUCAUUUCUAGGCGCUCACGUUUCUAUGCUGGCACAAGAUACCGUAAACGUGGUGUGGACGAUAAAGGAAAAGUAGCUAAUGAUGUUGAGACUGAACAGAUUGUGUUUGAAGAUCUCCCCGAAGGAUGUCCAGUGCAAAUAAGUUCUGUUGUGCAGCAUCGGGGCUCUAUUCCCCUUUUCUGGUCGCAGGAAACUUCACUCCUAAAAGCAAAACCUAAGAUCGUAGUGUCAACAAGUGACACAAGCUAUAAGGCUACCAGGCUUCAUUUUGAUAAUCUUGUGACAAGAUACGGAAACCCGAUAAUCAUUUUAAAUUUGGUCAAGGGGCGUGAAGCUAAAAAGGAAUCUCGAGAAUCUAGGCUUCGAGAAAAGUUUUUUCAUGCGACUGAAGUUAUUAACGACGAUUUGUCUUAUGAGAAUCGUCUGAGAUUCUUUCACUUGGAUCUUCAUAAACUUUUUAAAAGUAAAGGUCCAAAUGUGCUGGAAUCACUUAGCGGCCUGACUGAAUAUUCACAAAGAACGACAGAAUUCUUCCAUUCAGUAUUAAAAAAGCCAAAUGUGGUACCUGGUAAAGAUAAUGAGAACCGCUUGAUCAAGCUACAAAAAGGUGUCCUCAGGACCAAUUGUGUUGAUUGCUUAGACCGCACCAAUGUUGCCCAGUAUUCAUACGGCUUGGCUUCUCUUGGAUAUCAACUAAAUGCCUUGGGGUUGAUAGAUAGACCAAAGAUUGGCCAGGAUGACCGUUUGGCUGAUGAUUUGAUGGAUCUAUAUGAGAUGAUGGGCGACGUACUUUCUCUCCAGUAUGGUGGAUCUCGCUCUCAUUGCAAGAUAUUUCGGUUGAAAAAAGGCCAAUGGAAACCAGUUGUCCAUGGCCAAGACAUGAUCAGAUCAAUUCAUCGUUACGGCAGCAAUGCUUUUACCGAUGGUGAGAAGCAAGACGCGAUAAACAUAUUCUUGGGGUACUUCCAGCCACAACAGGGAAGGCCUGCACUCUGGGAGCUGAACUCAGACCAACAUUUCAAUGUUGGGAGGGAUGAAAACGCAAGGCUAUCUCUUAAAAGAUCCGCAUCAGAUGGUAACCUUACAACUAUAACCGAAGGAGAGAGCAGUCGUCCUGAAGAUUCUACACCUGAUAUCCCAACUUCCAGGUUCACACCCUCGAUGACAACCAAGCAGCUUUACACUGACAUGCAAAAUGCUCGUAUUCAUUUCUAUGAGAAUGAAGACUUCCAUAACUGCUCCGAUUUUGGGUUUGCCGGUUGGCGUUCUCCUGAAAAUUCCUACGCGGGAGACCUACAUGAGAGGUAUCAGCAUGACCUGUCAGAUUUUGGUAGUGACGGGCCCGAUGGCUACUGUUCUUCUGUUGGAACUUCCUGCACGGAGGGCCUACGUGAGAGGUACGAAGAAGACAUUGAUCAGUUACUGAAGAGAGGGAAAGACGCCACCGUUGAGAGAAAGACAGCUCUUCUGGGUCUUUCAUACGCAUAUUGGUAUUGGGUUACCUAUGGAGAGACGCUAGCUGCUAUGCCAAAGAGAGAAAAAAGGAUCAGUAUUUUCUUAUAA